CGUCAGGCGCGAGCCCGUCUCGCUCCCGGCCUGCUCCGGCCCCUCUCCAGCGCGGAGCACUACGGGGAAAAUGCUGCUCUCGGUGCAGCCGCGCUCCGGCAUCGCCGCCUUCACCUACAACAAGAGCAGCAAGAAGCAGCCCUAUGCACCGCCGGCGCCACAGCCGGCCCCCCCCAGCCCCAGCCCCGUCGGGGGGGCCGCCGACCAGCUCAGCAAGACCAACCUGUACAUCCGGGGGCUGCACCCUGGCACCACGGACCAGGACCUCGUCAAGCUGUGCCAGCCCUAUGGGAAAAUCGUCUCCACCAAAGCCAUCCUGGACAAGACGACCAACAAGUGCAAAGGCUAUGGCUUCGUCGACUUCGACAGCCCCACGGCGGCCCAGAAGGCCGUGACGGCGCUCAAGGCCAGCGGGGUGCAGGCGCAGAUGGCCAAGCAACAGGAGCAGGACCCCACCAACCUCUACAUCUCCAACCUGCCGCUGGGGGUGGACGAGCAGGAGCUGGAGGCAUUGCUGAAGCCGUUUGGGCAGGUGGUGUCCACCCGCAUCCUGCGGGACCCCCACGGGGCCAGCCGCGGCGUGGGCUUCGCACGGAUGGAGUCCACGGAGAAGUGCGAGGCCGUCAUCACCCACUUCAACGGGAAGUACAUCAAGACGCCGCCGGGGGUGCCAGCCCCCCCGGACCCGCUGCUCUGCAAGUUCGCGGACGGGGGGCAGAAGAAGCGGCAGAGCCAGGGCAAGUUCGUGCCUAACGGGAGGGCCUGGGCCCGGGACGGCGACGCGGGCACCGUGACCUUGGCCUAUGACCCCGCGACGGCGCUGCAGAACGGGUUCUACCCAGCACCCUACAGCCUGGCUCCCAGCCGGAUGAUGGCCCAGACGGCGCUGGCCCCCUACCUGCCGUCCCCCGUCUCCUCCUACCAGGUCCACGGCCCCACUUGGAUGCACCAGUCGUACCUCAUGCAGCCCACGGGUGCGGUGCUGGCCCCCGCCGUGGACCACGCCGUCCCCAUCCAGCCCUCCGUGAUGGCCCCCCUCACGCAGCAGCUCGGGCACCUCUCGCUGGGCAGCGCCGGCACGUACGUGCCGGCCGCCGCCGUGCCGGGAGCCUUCGUCCCGCCGUUCCCGCCGGUGCCGCCCUGCGCCGUGGCCGUGGAGGACGGCAGCGCCGCGCCGAGCCACGUCCCCGUGGAGUCGCCGCCCGAGCACAGCGCCUACCCCUACCCCUACCCCAAGUAGCGGCGGGGGGGCCGGGGGCGCCACCCCCGCC